AUGUAUAUACAUAAUUUACUAAUUAUAAUACUAUUAACCACAUAUUAAAUAUCUUAAGUAUAAGCAAAUCUAAUAAUACUAGGUCCUUAAGAAAUAAAAAAAGAAAUAUAAGAUUUAGACAAAGAUAAGAGUGAGCUAAUAUAAUAUUCUAUAGGUAAUUUUGGAUUUGUUCCUUAUGGAAAGCGUAUAAUUGGAGAAUUAAUCGUAGCAGAUCCAUAUAAAGGCUGUACUGAAAUAGUUAAACCUUAAACAGACUAAUUGGAUUAAACAAAUACAAGUAUUUACUUUUUGUUAAUUGAAAGAGGAGAAUGCUCAUUUGUAACAAAAGCAUAUAAUGCUUAAUUGAUUGGUGCUAGUGUUGUGAUUUUUGUAAAAAAAAAAAAUUAUUUAUUUUAUAAAAAAAUUAAAAUAAAGGUUGAUGAUAAUCCAAAUGAAAAUGCUAGUAAAGUUCUUAUAGGUGAUGAUGGAAUGGGAGAGCAAAUUUAAAUUCCUUCUAUUAUUAUAGGAUACAAAGUCGGAAAAGCAUUAAAGAAAUGGUUAGAAAACAAAUAAAAUUAAGGAAAAGUCUAAUUAAGUAUCGAGUUUGUAGAAUAAAAAUUUGAAUAAACGAAUUAUAAAAUAUGGAUUUCUUUACCUUCUAAAUAUGCAAACAGAUUAAUUUAUUAAACAAGCAAAAUAUAAAAGAAAAUUGGAGAAAAUAAACUUUUCUUUGAACCAGUAUAUUAAAUAUUUAGCUUACUUGAAUAAGAAUAGAAUGAAAAUUGUAUUUAAAAAGGUAAAUUUUGUGCUAAAGAUCCUGAUUUACCAACCGAAAAAGGAAAAAUCCCAACUUCUUCAACCAUAGCAACAGGAGCAGAUAUUGUAAACGAAGUGAUAAGAUAAUUAUGUAUAUUUUAAUAGGAAAGUAGUCUUUGGUGGGAUUAUUGGAGAAAUUUUGCUAUUUAAUGUAAUAAACCUUAAUUAUAUAAAGAAUGUAGUUAUUAAAUAACUAUGACAAUGGAAAAUGUAAAUGUUGAAGUUUUAGAAUAAUGUGUCAAAGCUAAUUCUGAAUCUAAUAGUCCUUUGUUAAGUAAAUAAUUACUUUUGCAAGAAUAAUUCAAAAUUAGAGGUUGGCCUAGUCUUACUAUAAAUAAUUAAAUUUAUAGAGGAAAUAUUAUUCCUGAUAAUAUAUUUGAAGCCCUUUGUAACAGCAUUCAAAAGCCUGAAGGAAACUGCCUUACUUAUACUCAAGAUUUUAUUGGAAAAAAUGACUUUGAUGAUAUUGGAAGUGGAAAUUAAAGGAUGAGCAUUUGGGUUAUUCUAUUAAUCACUUUUAUUGGACUUAUAGCUGUCUUUGCUUUACUUGGGUUCUUUUACAGAAAAUUCAUUAAAAAAGAAAUGUCUUAAGAAAUGAAUUAAUAAGUGAAUUAAAUGGUUUCUUAAUAUAUUGCUUUUUAUGAAAGCAGAGGAAAAAAUGGAGAGUGAAUACUUUUUUUUAUUUUUUACAAUAUAAUUAUUUUUUUAUUUUAAAAAUAUUUAAAUUUGUUU